UCAAUAAGAGGCGUACAGAACCUGAAAGCUAAGAACUAGUCCACCUGUAGAGAAAAAUACGCUAAUAUCGUAAAGUAGAGGAGAGGAGAGCUGCGCAAGCGUUUCUAUGCCCACGAGAGAACAGGAGAUUAAUAAAGACAUGAAGGCAGGAGAUAUGCCUGGAAGAUCAACGGACCAUAAUGGUGUUGAAGGAUACGGCUUCGACAUUACGAAGGAAUAGACCAAUAUAACAUACAU